AUAGGCAACACUGUCUCACAGAAGCAGUGGCUUAACUUCUGACCUAACCUCACAAUCCCUAUUUUGACAGCUAUUUGGGUUCAUAAACUUUGAUCCCGACCAAUUUUCUGAAAAAUUGUAAUAAAUCAUCUAACAAUUCAAAGCUCUGUUAAAAUGGCUUGCCGAAAAGUACUAUCCAUCAGGCAAUUCAGUACUGGCCAAGUAGCCAGUCAGUUGGUCAAGCCUCCAGUACAAAUAUUUGGGAUUGAAGGGCGGUAUGCAACAGCCCUGUAUUCUGCAGCCACCAAGAAGAAGACCCUGGACAGUGUUGAAAAGGAUCUGAUUGGGCUCGAGACAUCUUUGAAAACUGAUCCUAAAUUCAAGAGCUUUAUACUGAACCCAACAAUUAAAAGGUCAUUGAAAUCUGAAGCCCUAAAAGCAAUAUCUGCAAAAAUUUCGCUUAAACCCGAAUCUGCCAAUUUGCUUCAGCUUUUGGCCGAAAACGGUCGUCUCAUAAAGUUGGAUCGAGUUAUUACCGCAUUUAAAACUAUCAUGGCAGCCCAUAGAGGAGAGGUAGUUUGUGAGGUGACUAGCGCCAGAGAACUGGACGCCGAACAGAAGACCAAACUUCAAGGAGUGUUGAAAUCUUUCUUGAAAUCUGGUCAAUCCAUUUUGCUAACUACUAAAGUUGAUCCUUCCAUUAUUGGAGGUUUGCUUGUUUCUAUUGGUGAUAGAUAUGUAGACAUGUCUGUUGCCAGUAAGAUUAAGAAGUAUUCUGAAAUUAUCAGCGCCCCCGUUUAAAUCGACCAACGGUGUAAGCACGAAUUAGAACAUAAUGCAAUAUCUAAAUAGAAGUUUGUGUUGUUUACUGGCUACUUAAUUCCAUAAAAACAGCUUAUGGUUACGGACCUUACAGGUUUUUGUCAAAUAAUGGUUUCGUAUGAAAAUACAAGAGUAGCAAUUA